AUGCAGCUGAUAUGUACCCCUGAAAAAUUAGAACCGCAUAAUGAUAAUGAUAAUCCUGAAGAUGUUAUGCAUCAAACAAAUAUUGAGAACUUAGAUGUACAUGUCUCUAAUCAUCCACAACAAUACUUGGGUAACUUAGCACAAACUAUACGACGAAAAAAUGCUAUACUUCGGGAAACUGUUAAAAAUAUGGCUGAAAAUAAAAGUAAACAAAUGAAUGAUGCCGAAUAUGAAAAAGAACCCAAUUGGCCUGAAAUACAAAUAUCAUUAGCAAAUGCUGCAAAUAAAAAGGAUUUAGAAAAAGGCACAAAAGCAUAA